GUAAGUGUUCGGGUCUAUUCGGCGCAGUUCGGCAUGUGGCGGCGUGAGGAUAGUGGCGCUAAUGUUGUGCGGAUCUUACUGUAGAAAUCAGGGCUCGUUUUGGGGCCUAACUUUUUGAUAUUCCACGCGAGGAGCGCAGAAAGUGAUUCUGAGUAUUGAAUAAAGCACUGAUUCGCCGUCGCCAUGGACGCACCACGCGGGGGCGGGACGAUGAUGUCACCGCCGCAGCGGUUCUUCUACAUGCCGCGGUUCCAGUACAACCAGAACCAGACAUACCACGGGUACUACCGCCGCUUCCAGCCGCGCAUGCACCAGCCAGACACCCGGGACGGGGUCACGUUCGACGGGAAGCGCAUGCGGAAGUCGAUCCAGAGGAAAACCAUCGACUACAACCCCUCCGUGAUCCAGCACCUAGAGACACGGAUAUGGCAGCGGGACAUGCGGGACGUCCGGCCUCCCCAGCCCGACGCGGCCUACAGCCUGCAGCUGGUCCCCCCCAUGGCCAUGAUGGAACAGCCCAUGAACAGCGUCACCACCAAGUUCGUCCGCACGUCCACAAACAAGAUCAGAUGCCCCAUCUUUGUGGUUAGGUGGACCCCAGAAGGCAGGCGGUUGGUGACCGGAGCCUCCAGUGGUGAGUUCACUCUGUGGAACGGACUGGCCUUCAACUUCGAAACCAUUCUACAGGCCCAUGACACAGCGGUGCGAGCCAUGUCCUGGAGCCAUAACGACCAGUGGAUGGUGACGGCGGACCACGCUGGGUUCGUCAAGUAUUGGCAGUCCAACAUGAACAACGUCAAGAUGUUCCAGGCUCACAAGGAGGCUGUCAGGGAAGUCAGUUUCUGCCCCACGGACAACAAGUUUGCCACCUGCUCCGACGACAGCACGGUGCGCAUCUGGGACUUCCUGAGAUGCCACGAGGAGAGAAUAUGCAGAGGCCAUGGUGCAGAUGUGAAGACGGUAGACUGGCACCCACAGAAGGGUCUGCUGGCCUCGGGGAGUAAGGACAGCCAGCAGCCGGUCAAGAUCUGGGACCCCAAAACUGGGCAGAGCCUAGCUACACUACAUGCCCACAAGAGCACAGUUAUGGAAGUGAAGUUUAACCAGAAUGGGAACUGGCUCCUGACGGCCUCCCGUGACCACCUGGUGAAGGUGUUUGACAUCCGCACCAUGAGGGAGAUGCAGAGCUUCCGGGGGCACAAGAAGGAGGCCACAGCGGUGGCGUGGCACCCCAUCCACGAGAGUCUCUUUGCCAGUGGCGGCUCAGAAGGAUCCAUACUGUUCUGGCAGGUCGGCAAUGACAAGGAGGUUGGGGGGAUGGAGAAUGCCCAUGAGGGGAUGAUCUGGUCUCUAGCCUGGCACCCGCUCGGACACAUCCUCUGUUCUGGGUCCAACGACCACAGCACGAAAUUCUGGUCGCGGAACCGCCCUGGGGACCAGAUGAAGGACCGGUACAACCUGAACCUGCCGGUGGGGAGCGGCGGGGAGGACGGCAUGGAGGAGAUGGAGACAGCUGAAGCUCCGUCCUCAGCAGCUAUCCCAGGGAUGGGCCUGGAACACGGGCUGCCCGAACACCUCAAGAAACCAGAGGAGCCGAAAGACGAGGCAGUCGACGUCUCCAUCCCUGGUCUGGACUUCAGUACUGAGGAGAUGAAGAUCCUGGAGAUGAGAAGGAUGCCCCAGAAGAAGGUUCCCUACUCUAAGCCAAUCCCAGCACAGUUCCAGGAGCAGUGGGAGAAGGAGAAGCCGACUUUACCCACCCUGCUGUCUCAGGCACAGGACAAGGCUAAGGCAGGCGGUGAGAAGCCAGCGACCUCUGCCCCCUCCUCGGAGCAGGCCAAGACAAAUGCCCAGAUGCACCAGGAGAUGAUGAAGCUGAGGUUCACCAACCCAGCCACACUCGAGGCCAUCGCCAAUGCAACAAACCUGCCUCCAGGUCCCCGAGGCCCAAACCCCAUGAACCAGCAGCAGGGGCCGCGGAUGGGCCAGCAGCGCUUCGGGCCGCCCAUGGGCUUCGGGCAGGGGCCACAGCCCGGCAUGAACCGACCUAUGGGCCCGCGUCACAUGGGGCCCAACCAAGGGCCUCCGGGCCACAUGAUGGGGCCAGGCAACCAGGGCAGGCCGGGUCAUAUGGGUGGGCCACGGGGCCCAGGGCCUGGCCAUAUGGGCGGGCCGGGUAACCAAGGGCCAGGCCAUAUGGGCGGGCCAGGUAACCAAGGGCCUGGCCACAUGGGCGGGCCAGGUAACCAAGGGCCAGGCCACAUGGGUGGGCCGGGUAACCAGGGACCAGGCGGGCCAAGGAUGGGGCCACCAGGGAACAUGGAAGGGCCCCCUAACCAAGGGCCACACAUGAACAGGAUGCCGAACAAGGGUCCGCCGCCACGGCAGAUGGGCCCGCCGAAUCAGGGCCCACACGGGCCGCGGGGACCCGGAAAUCAGGGGCCGCCUGGGCCCAUGGGCGGGCCACCCAGACACAUGGGGCCAGGAAGCCGUGGGCCGCGCAACCAGGGGCCACCGGAGCAGCCACAGAUGGGUGAGACCCCCCACGGAGACGGUGGCAGCAUCCCGGCCUCCGCCCCCCGCGGCCUGCCCAACCCCGGCCCGGGGCUGCUGGGAGCCCCGCCCAUGAUGGGGAGGGACGGCGACAAACAGGCCCAGGGUGCAGACAGAUUUGAAGGGCCUCCCCACCACCACAGAGGCGAAGAGGAGGAGUUUUAUGAGGAGGGUUAUGAAGAGUUCCCGGGUCAGGAGCGGCCGCCCUUCGACCACCGUGGCCCACCCAGGGGUCAGCAGGGUCAAAGGGGACGACCUCACCCCGACGGCAGGGGCCCACCUCGUGGAAGGGGACCACCACAGGAGGAGCGUGGCCCACCCGAUCGAAGAGGCCCGCCAGGAGAAAUCCCAGGGGAGUUUCAGGGGCGGCCCGACCAAAGCGGCCCGCCCGAGGACUUUAGGGGCCAGGGCAGGCCAAUGCAGGAUCCCCGGGGCCCGCCUCCGGGUGACAGGGAUAGCCGCGGGCCGCCUCGCUGGUCCGAGGGUCGCAGGGGGCCGCCUGGGGAUCACAGACCACCCAGAGGCGAGGGUGAGAGAGGCCCUCCAAGGGGGAAUAUGGAGCAAAGGGGGCCACCUAGGGGGGAACGAGAACAGCGUGGGCCACCGAGAGGCGACAUGGAACAGGGUGGUCCACCUAGAGGUAAUAUGGACCAGAGGGGACCCCCUAGGGGGGAUAUGGACCAGAGGGGCCCACCAAGGGGGGACAUGGACCCGCGAGGACCACCUGGCAGGCAUGAAGAAGAGCACAGAGGGCCACCUGGGGGUUUUAGGGGCCCCCCAGAAUUCAGGGAUGACCACAGAAGAGAAGACUUUCGAGGACAGGGAGAGGAGUUCCAUGAACCCCCACAAGGCCCCCGUGAGGGUUGGGGUGAGCAGGAGCCCUGGCACGAUGACCACAGGGGGCCGCCCCAGGACAGGAGGGGUCACAGUGCAGAGUUCAGAGAUCACCGGGAGGGGCCAUGGGAGGAGCAGGACCACAGAAGGGGGCGGGGAAGGCAGAACGACAGAGGUCGCGGGUUCAGAGCUGAAGGUCGGGACGAAAGCCCGCCGGUUACUUCGGAAGAAUUCCACGAACACGACAGAUUCGGCGAUGGAGGGGAGUUCAGGCGGAGAGAGGAGCAGCGAGGGGGUUUCCGAGGAGGCAGGGGUGGCGGAAGGGGGGGUCCGCCGGAGCAGGGUCCAGGGGACAUGAAAGCAGGGCUUCUUCCGACCCCCCCACCCAUGGGUAGGGGGCAGGGGAUAGCCAGGGGGCGGGGAGGGGGGCCGAUGCACUCGCCGCAUCAGGAAGGCAGGGGGUACGAGAGUCCAGGCGAUCGAGAGCGCCGGGGGUCGCACGAGGAGAUGAGGUCGCCAAGCGGACGGGAAGAGAGAUCGUCGCUACACGAGAUGGACGUGGCACGCCUGCCACCCAGGAAAAGACCCUGGAGGGAUGAAAGCCAGGAGCAGCCAGAGCAUGAGGCCAUGGGACAUCCCCCGGGGGGUAGGGGAGGACGUCCCCAGGGCAGGGGAGCCAAGGCCCCGCGGUACGACGAGGGACCACACGACGACCCAGGGGGGUUCCGCGGGCCUGACCACCCCCCCAGCCGAGGCAGAGGCAGGGGGGAGAGGGGUGGCAGGGGGGUGCCUGCUGAAACUCUGGCCGCCAUCUUUGUGGGCGAUGGCCUCAGGGUAUAA